AUGAAUGACUUGAAAAAUAUUGCUGCCACAUUGACUCAUGAUGAACUUAUUGAGGUUACGAAAUCCUCUCUUUGCACAUUAACAAGUUGUGAUUCUCUGCUUAAUGAUUUACCAUUGGAUAUUGUUACCGAAGAAAUAUUACUAUUGACUGCAGUGGAACAUGGAAAAUGUAUAACUAUUUACAUAUCCCGGGAAAAUGAACAGAAGUUGAAAGUGAUUGUACCUCAAAAUGCUACAGUAAGGGAACUCAAAAAAGCAAUACAAAGACAUUUUGAGCUUUAUCAACGGAGAAUAGGCCUCGGAGUAAAAAUAUCUUGGAAAUACAUAUGGAAAACUUAUCAAUUGCAAUUUGAUGGUAUUAUAUUAGAUGAUGAAAAUAGUAGCAUUGAUAACUAUGGAGUGAAUAACAAAGUAACUUUGGCAUUUAGAAAAAAAAGGAAAAAGAACAAAAAGUUUUAA